ACUCACGCGCUCCGAUAGCCCGCGCAGAGAUAAUCAUCGGCGAGCAGAGAGGAGCACCUGCAUGAUAGGAGCGAGGAGAAACGCGCAUUAGCUACACGCACGCACACACACACACACACUGGCACGCACACACACUGGCACACACACACGCACAUCACACACACACACUGGCACGCACACACGCACACAUCACACACACACGCGCGCGCGCGCAGACACGCAGACAGACAAGGCGGCUAAUAGAAAGUGCUUAGCUGAAUGCUAAAUCAUAUUGCGGCCAGAAAGUGUUAAGAAAGAGCUUUGUUCGGCCAGUGUGCUCAACAGUGAGCACGUGUGGACUGUCGGCUCUCAACAGUACACUGCCUUCGUAACACGACGCGUGUUUACGCAUUAAUACGCGAGCGUGUGUGCGACGCUCUCCGCUUAAUUGUACCCAACAUAAGGAUAACAUACAUACCGUACACACGUACGAGUUAAUAUAUGUGCAUUAAACCGACCUGCACGUAUAUAUAUGCAGGCGCAUCUUAUGAUACGCACAUCUUAGAGCACACGCGCGCACGCCUUGCUGUGUCUCUGCACAGCUUGCCUCGUGCAUCCACACACGCACCCACAGCGAUCUUUGUUAUCCGACUUAAACACAUGACAUUCUGUGUCUGUAUGUAUAUACUGCACGGUGCAUACGUACGUCUCGGGCAUACGCGUGCGCACAUCCUACGCGUACACGAUCUGCAUAGCUCACACAACACAACACACACACACCCAUGCAUACCUUUCACUACUCUUCCACGACAAGAGAGAACAGCGAACAGGAGCUAUGAAAAUCAGCUACCCUCUCAACCACUCCUCCUCCUCCUCGUCGUCGUCCUCCAGCCUGGGCUUCACCCUGGGAUACAUUGACACAGCAGCAGCAGCCACUCAAAGCACCGACAUCUCCCACCACCACCAUCAUCAGCCCGGGCCAUCGCUGCUCUACCAGACCGCGACCUCCUCGGCGCUGGGCGCCCUCAUCGCCUGCUCCAUCGCGGGCAACGCUUUCGUGCUCGCCGCCAUCUACCUGGAGCGCUCCCUGCAGACCGUGGCCAACUACCUGAUCGGCUCCCUGGCCGUCACGGACCUGCUGGUGUCCGUGCUCGUGCUGCCCGUGGCCGCACUCUACCAGGUGCUGGGCCGCUGGACCUUGGGCCAGGCCGUGUGCGACGCCUUCAUCGCGCUCGACGUCCUGUGCUGCACCUCCUCCAUCCUGCACCUGUGCGCCAUCGCGCUCGACCGCUACUGGGCCAUCACGGACCCCGUGGACUACGUGAACAAGAGGACGCCCCGCCGAGCGGCGCUCAUGAUCGCCGUCACCUGGGCCGUGGGAUUCUCCAUCUCCAUCCCGCCCGUGCUGGGAUGGAGGCAGGCGGAGGACAGGGCCGACCAGGACGCUUGCAACAUCAGCCAGCACCUGGGCUACACGAUCUACUCCACAUUCGGCGCCUUCUACAUCCCGCUGGUGCUCAUGCUGGUGCUGUACGGGAAGAUCUUCGGCGCGGCCAGGUUCAGGAUUCGCAGCACCAUCAAGAGGUCACAGAAGAGACCCGCGGAGCCCACGGACGUGGUGGUGGUGGUGGUGUCCACCACGCCGGUGGAGUCCCCUCAACAAUUGGACGGCGUCAAUGGCGGUGGACGACCCGAGGAGUUGCCGGGGAAGGCAAAGUCGAGGUCGAAUUCGGAUCAGACGGUUCAGCAGCAGCAGCAGCAACAUCUGAAGAAGCAAAGAAGCCUCAAGGAUUCCAUCAAGAAGUCCGUGAUGGGCAAAGCGAGACACCAGAGCAUCGCGUCCGACGGCGGAUCAGAGAAACGUGGCAAGCAAUCCCGGCGCGAGACCAUCCGCUCGGAGGAUCUGGGCGACGAGGCGGUGAGGAGGGCGGUCGUGGCCAAGGAGCGCAAGGCGGUGAAGACGCUGGGCAUCAUCAUGGGCUCGUUCGUGCUGUGUUGGCUGCCCUUCUUCGUCGUGGCGCUGGUGGUGCCGUUCUGCGGACCGCCCUGCAAGCUGCCGCAGAUCAUCACGGCCCUCAUCACGUGGCUCGGCUACUCCAACUCCCUGCUCAACCCCGUCAUCUACGCCUACUUCAAUCGGGACUUCCAGAACGCCUUCAAGAAGAUCGCCAGGUGCCGGUGCUGCAGAGGGAGAGGCAGGUGCUGAAGUGGCUUGGUGGGGUGGGGGGAGGCGGCUCAGGGUGGUUCUUGAUGAGCGUGUCGGAGACAUUGAGUUUGAAUCUGGGCUGAACCCAACCCAUGAUUAAACUCGGUUCUUGUAAGUAUAGGGGGUUGAUGAUCUCAGCACGGUCACCAGCGACUCGAGUCGAACUCAAAAAUGUAUCCCUGCUCUAAAGAGUAAUGGGACAGCGUUCACCUCCACUGGUGUUCCUAAACGAGCGAUGGAAACCCCCACAAUUGAAUACUGAACGGGAGCCGUUGACAGCCUCCUUUUCGUACCUGGAUUUCAGCCACCCGUGAACUGAGCCGGCUUCUCAAGUGUCACGAAGCUGCGGCCUCGACUCGCCCACCGAUGACUCGAGCAAACGCGAACGUCUCUGCGGACGUCUCAUGAGAAAUCCAGCAGCGCUCUUCCCCGUUGGUUGGCAGUGAGUCGCAGUCACGCAGUGGACGCCAGUCUCUUUGUGGGACCAUUAUUCAACACCGAGCAAGAACCGCUGAUGUCCCUGUGUUCAAAUCUGGGUUUAAACCCAGCGGUGAUUAAGGCGGAGUUCUCACGUGCAAGCCGGUUGGUUGGUCGGUCGGUCUCAGCCCGGUCACCGGUGACUUAGAAAAAUAUAAAGAAGAAAAAACAUCACUGUGGCAACACCAAUUUCUGCUGGUGGCCAAGAGUGAGUGGUGGAAAUGCCAUGUUCUACAGCUGGGCACUGACCCAGCUCCGCUCAGAUUCUGGCCUUUUAAUCUUUGAUUUCAGCUGCCCCGUCAUUAAACCCAUUUCCCAAGCGUGACGAGUUGGUAUUAGCCAGGUCGCCAGUCUUACUGCACACAAAAGCUCCAUCAUGUCAAAUGUCAUCUUUCAAUGAAUUCGGUGAAACCCAGUUAUGGAAGCUGACGUGCAUAAUCUCACGUUGGGGGGGGAGACUAACCAAGCAGGGAAACGCUCCCUACGCACCGUGAUUGCAGGAAGAAGGUGAAGUGAUGAUUGGUUGGGUCACUCGAGUCAUGGAGAAAUUCUGAUAAUGAACGAGCGGUUAAAAAACAUAUUUGACUUUAUUUAUCCAGCCAGAAAAAUAUGCCUCGCUGAAUCUCAAGGCCCUCUUUCACGAGGUUCCUGAAUUGAGUCGCUUGGUGGUUUUCUAAUGAGUGAUUUUGCAUCCGGAAAGAAAGUUGCAGAUUCAAGGCGAUGACACUGACAAGACCACACGCACAGGUUCACAAUAAUCCGUGCUCGCUGUACUGCCAUCUCGCGAACAUCACGCAGCCCGGUGGGUUUGGGGGGACUCACAGCUCGUGAUCAUCUCCGUGUGAUCCACAGACCCUGCCUCUGAAGUGAUGAAACGCAGGUGUCACCCACGCACCUGGCCUGUUACAAUAUUCUGUGCCGCUUUCUGUGUUUGGCUGAUUUCGUGCUGUGCGUUGGAUCCGAUUUCUUGAGGUUUCUGUUUCUCUCUGCUCAGUCCAUUGCAAUAGGAACGGACCACCGUAGUAGUUUCGAUGGAUUCCUCUUGCCAAUAACAUCUGGCAACCCAUCAGCAUUUGUUCAACAAGCCUGACUGCUGAUAAGACCCAGAAACUUGAAAAGGUUACAGUAUUUGCUCGUUUAAACAAAUGCUGCUUCAUAAUGUGUCUGUAAAACCAAUCGGUUAAUGUACUAAGACAUCCGUGUUUUUUAAUAUUUAUACGUUUCAAGUUUUUUUGUUUAAACAGGUGAGGAACUCAAGCGAACAGAAUUGGUCUAAUUUGCAAGCGUGACCUGGGGCAUCAAUUUGCCAGCAUGGGGGCGAUGGUUCCAAUUGUAUCAUCCCAAUCGGGUAAUUCGCGGUGCAAUUUAGGAACGUCACAGAUUCGGAGGCCCGAGGCUUGUGGCCACGCAUUGGCCUCGCUCGCGCGUAAGACAUCGGGAAGAUCUUUAACGUCCACAGUGCCACGGUGCGACACGGAAGGACGAAAAGCGGUCCAGAGUUUUCUUGCUGAAGCAGAUGCGCGCGUGGGUCACGUCGUUCUGUAAAGCCGAGGGGCCGAUAGACCGAACAAUGUUCGGUCCUUACAUGCGGAGGCACGGAACGGAGUUGUUCAAUGUUUGCUUCUACAGUAUUUGCUUCCGCGUUUUAAAGGUUUGCCACGAUGCGUGCGGCGACGUCGGCGAUGGGUGACGAGCCACUUCACGUUCGCUCUAACAAGGAGGCGCGGCUCAAAGGGCACAAACGCAGCCGAUGUCCCGGUGUUACACGGCGUGCUGAUGCGGUGGUUGCGCUGUGUUGACGGUCCGUGCGCUGGACUUGCGAUCCAGAGUGCUCGCCGGUUCCAUCUCCUGGCGCCGAAGCUGAAACAAUGCCGCGGGUUUCUCGUCGACCCCCUGCCCACCCAGUCGAAUUUAAAUGUCUUCACCGGAGUUAAAAUCUACCGGCGUGGCGCGUGCGGUGGGGUAAAGUGUGGGUACCCCUGCAUCUUCAAAGACGUACGGCCAGCGUAGAAGAGUAGGCCAAAUGCCCUAUGAGGCACUCUCUAGAGCUCUCUUUCUCUGGACACUAGAGGGUAUUUGCUCCAUUCUAGAGCAGCGUUCUUCAUUGCAAGGCCCCGCGCGUCACGGGUGGGCCCUGGUGGCACUUUUGUGCGGCCGCUGUCGAUCCACGCAGAGUUAAGUCGCCCCCCAUCAUCAUCAUCGUCAUGGUGCUGCUGUCAAACCCAGCAAUGGUUUCAAACGCGUGGCGGCCCCCCACACUGACGAUGUCUUAUCGGCGAACGUGACCCCCCCCCCUCCCCACCUCCCUGAAAAUGAGUGAAGAACGCUGCUCUAGCGGAGGUCCUUCUGCCAGCAGUGGUGUGAGCAAGACCGAUUAGCACGGUUGGCCACGUAGGGUGUGAAAGAAGUUCAACAUACGGCUGCUUGCGUUGUGACCGAAACGUCGUGACAAUUAUUUUAUUAUGUUUUAUUUUUAUUAUUUUAUUACUUCCCGUCUACGUGACUUUACCGAAAGAACCAAGAAGAUGAAUCCCUGCAGUCACGAAAGCUUUAAAUCGAAAUUUAAGUUCAACAUACAUUCAAGACGUGACAGGGCUGUGCCCACCAACUGACCGACAUCGGUUCCACGCUGGGGUGAUGGAGGCAGAGGAGUUGCAAGUGAGAUGUCAAACACGAAGCAUCUCAUCAGGUACGGUGCUGGUGGUGCUGGUGGUGCUGCUGGUGCUGGUUUUGCUGGUGCUGGUGGUGCUGGUGGUGCUGAGACAGCUGCGCCACGUUAGCCGCUUACGUGGUCCUACACAUGCAGCUGCUACUGCAGCUGCUGCUGCUCAUUCUAUAGCUGCUGCUGCUGCUCAUUCUAUAGUUGCUGCUGCUGCUGCAGCUGCUGUUGCUGCUCAUUCUAUAGCUGCUACUGCAGCUGCUCAUUCUGCAGCUGCUCCUUCUAUAGCUGCUACUUCUGCAGCUGCUGCAGCUGCUGCUGCUACUUCUGCAGCUACUGCUGCUUCUACAGCUGCUGCAGCUGCUGCUGCUACUUCUGCAGAUGCUGCUGCUGCUUCUGCAGGUGCUGCUGCUCAUUCUGCAGCUGCUGCCUCUGCAGCUGCUGCAGCUGCUGAUGCUGCUGCUUCUGCAGGUGCUGCUGCUCAUUCUGCUACUGCUGCUCCUGGAGCUGCUGUGUUGGCAGUGGUGCACCAGUACAGGCAGCAACAACAACAACAAUUAGACACAUUCGUCAACAACGCUAUGACCUUCGAAGUCAAAAGAUAUAAUUGGCGACGUUUCGGACAAUAGCGCUCUUUCAUAGAACAUAAAUAGAGAGCGGUAGAAAGACGAAUUGAAUAUUAAUAAUUCGUUGGAGACUGCACUGGUUUCCACCAUGGGGGCUUUAUAGGAAUUACAUUGUUGUUUGCUGAUGCCCAGUUUGUAAAUUGACGUAUGAAUAGCCAGCAACGCCUAUAAAGACUGGCUCGGAAUAUUAGGGGGUGAGUGGCCAGCAUUACGCCCGGCCGCCUUUGUCUCCCCAGUGGCGAUGUUUACACACCACACCAGGUACUCAUUUGAGGCUAAGUCAACCUAGGGGAGGCCCAUGACUGGUUCAGAUAAUCGUCAAUGGUGUUGGACGUGAAUGGGAAUCGAACUCGGGUCGCCAGGCUUGUAGCGCAACGCGCUAACCACUGCGCCACCGCUCCCCACAAUCAAAACCCCCACGCAGUGGUAGCGACAUAGAGACGCACACACGAUGUUACAUCGCGGGAGGCAUAGAAGGACCAUUGCCUGAAACGUCGCCUAUUAUUUAUAUACAUAUAAUUGUAAGGCCACUGUGUUAUUGACAAAUCUGUUCAGAUUCGUCGUUAAUCAACGUCCGGCUACGGAACCUCGUCGGUCGUGACAAUAUCCCCGAGUGUAGCCUGGGGCCGUGAAUUGAGAGGCGAUUUUUACGUGUUUACACAAGUACAUCAUAGCUGCCGCAUUGCCCCGGGUCGAUAUUGCUCUGGUAAUGAAAUAAAUCGGCGACACGGUAUAGUUGUCUUGGGUUGCGCCUUCUGUUGAAGUCGGGUCUACGUGAGCGGUGCCAGGCUAGGUGGUCCAGUCGGCAGAGCCAUCGACUCACAAGCAGAAGGAAGGUUCCAGCUAAUGGGUCUUUUUUCAUCUUAUUCUUCUUCCUAUAAGCGUCUGGAAAUUCACCAGAAUUGGCUCAAGCGAGGCCGACUGUGAUGAUGAGACGCUGUGUUGAACCCGCUCCAGAUCUGUGCUCGUGAUGAACCAACGCUGAUGAAAUUAGAAGGCCACGUGGCGAAUGGGACGUGUC